CAGAGGAUAACAUGUCAUGGAGGCCUCGGGAAGAACAGCGCUCUACCUGUUCAUCUGCACCGCACUACUGGUCCUAACAGAAGUCAGCUGCGAGUUCAUCCACAUCCCUUCACUGGUGCACCAUGGCAUCGAAGGGAAGUCCCUCUUCCUCCAGGUGGAGACUCAUUUCCAGCUGGAAGAGGCGGAGAUCCAGGGAACUUGGUCUCACACGCAGCUGAGCGGCACCAGAACCACGCUGGUGACCUUUACCAACGACGCCAUCAUCAUGGAGAUGACGUACCGCAACCGUCUCCUCUUCAGGAAGCACAAUCUGUCUUUGCUAAUCCAGAAAUUAGACCAAACCAGCGAGGGGGAUUACCACCUGAAGCUCAACAUAGAGUUCCACAACAAGACAGUUCAUUAUGUUAAAGAGGAGAGGACCGUGCAUGUUACAGUGGAUGUCCCAGUGUCCACUCCGGUCAUCAAAAAGAGCCCGUUGUACACAGUUGUUGAGGACAAGGAGAACGUCACCUGGACUUGUUCUGCUGCGAGAGGCACAAGAGUUGGGUUCCAGUGGCUGAGGAACAAUGUGUCACUUGGGCCCACUGACAGAUACCACUUUUCCCAAGACAACACCACACUGGUAAUCAGUCCAGUCAGGAAAGAAGACAUGGGCGAGUAUAGCUGCGUGGCCAGCAAUCCAGUCAGCCAGGAGCAACACAGCACAGCCAUGGAGCUCAACGUCUACUAUGGCCCCUACAACCUGGCAGUGAACUCAGGCCAGGGCCUGCGGACAGGGGAGGUUUUCACCAUCAACCCAGGAGAGCUGGCCUUCUUUGAGUGCCAGGCUGACUCCAACCCGCCCAACAGCUAUGUCUGGAUCUCCAAGGGCCGCAAUGGCACUCAGGUUAUCACUAAGGGGCCACGACUAGAGGUGGUCUCAUAUAACCUGGCCCAGGCUGAGGACUACCUGUGCCGGGCCUUCAACAACGUAACCCAGAAGCAGGACGAGGCCCAGUUUACCCUGGUGGUGGCCAGCUUGGGGACAGGCAAAGAGAAACACACCCAGGAGAGCAGCUCCCUGUCACCUCUGGCUACCAUCAUUGUCUGCUCUGUGUUUGUGAUUGGCUGUAUGCUGCUGGUCUUAUUUCGCAGAACCUGCCGUCCUAAAAGAGUGCUCAUGAGCAUCUACAACAGACCUCUAACAGAGCAGAAGCGACCACAUCGUUCAGGUCAUGAGGAUGCAACAGAAGACUUUGGUAUAUAUGAGUUUGUUUCCAUACCUGGAAAAAUGGAAUCUGCACAGGCAUCAUGCAGAUCUCUUGCUCGCCUGGAGUCAGUUCAGGACAUGCACACCACGAUCUAUGAUGUGAUCAGACAUGUUCCUGAAACCCCCAGUCACAGUUUGCUGAAGUGACUUCCAGCCACAGGGUUGAGAUGUAACCUAUAAUUACUUCACAGUAGGACUCCUAUGUAGCUUUACCUUGCUGCAGUAACUGUUACCAAAGCCUAAAGCACUUGUUUUGGUGGCUAUGUUUUUUUUUUUCUUGCACAAGGGAUGAAGGAGUCUUAUGUGAGCAUACAAAACUGGUUGUGCACUGUUAUUAUCCAGAGUUUUGGACCAAGGUUGAAUGUCUUUAUUGACAUUAUUGUGAGAUGAAAGUUUAUGUAGUAAGACUAGAGAUUGUUUGAAGUUAAAGUUAUGUUAAAAUUCUGAUGCUUCUAUCUGGAAAAAAAAAAAAAAAAGAUGACAUGUAGAAUGAGACCAAGCUGGUAAUUAGCAAGUGUUCAUACAUUAUUUUGAAUAUGGACAGCAGGGUAUUAAUCCUAUCAUGUUGUCUUAAGGUGCCUGCAAACUGGCACAGUUCUGGUACCUUUUCAAAUAUUGAUUUAAUUUUAGCAUACUAGGGGUUUUAUUUACCCUUUUAGUGCUGUUGGAUUUCAGUCAUAUUUAUUCUAAUGUUCCAAUUUGAGCCUUCCUCAUCAGAAAGCCUGUUUUGCAAGGUGACUAGUGUUAUGAAGAAUGCAUUUUUUACUGCAUGAGAUGCAGUUAAAAAGGUAUUGAUGAACAUCAUACCCAGUGUAAAUAUUGUACAAGAAUUUAUAAUGCAGAUUCUUUAUACAUUUUACAUCAUUCUAUUUCUAUGUUUUGUUUAAACCUUUUACUAUUUAUUCUAUAAAAACAAUUUACCCUCUUUCCAGUU